AUGAAGACAGUAGUCGUUCGGUAUUUGGUGGUCAAUGCUCAAUCAUCCUACAACAUACUGAUCGGCAGACCGACCCUGAAUAAGUUAGGAGCGGUAGUGUCUACUUCCCAUCUGAAGGUAAAGUAUCUGUUGCCGAACGGUACUGUGGGGGUCCUUAGAGUGGACCAGGAGGUUGCUCGAAAAUGCUAUGGGGAUAGUUUAAAGGCACGAAGGCGACUGUACACUGCACAGGUAGAGCAAGAGGUCCACUCCGUCGAUCUAGAUCCUAGAGUGAGCCAUUUUGAUCGCCAACCAGCCCCUGUCGAGGACGUUAAAGAAGUGAUCGUAAUGGAAGGGAGGAAGGUAAAGAUUGGAACAUCCCUAAGCCCGGAGGACGCGGUGAAACUGAUAGAGGUAUUGAAGGUGAACAUAUCGGCAUUCGCCUGGCACGCCAAAGACAUGCCAGGAGUCGACCCCGACUUCAUGUGCCAUAGGCUGGCCAUAGACCCAAGCGCAAAACCGGUGAUCCAGAAAAGGAGGAAAUUCGGGGAAGAAAAACGAAAAGCCAUCGCUGAAGAAAUAAACAAGUUAUUAAUGGCAGGGCAUGUACGAGAAAUACAAUACCCGACCUGGCUCGCAAAUGUUGUGAUGGUACGUAAAAGCAGUGGAAAAUGGAGAAUGUGCACAGAUUUCACCGAUUUAAACAAAGCGUGCCCGAAGGAUUCGUACCCUUUGCCGAAUAUAGACUGCCUCGUCGAUGGCGCGUCGGGGUACGAACUGUUAAGUUUCAUGGAUGCGUAA